ACCGAUUUGGCCAUUUCAGCGAUUUCACUCUCAGCAUUUCCGCAGUCAGCCACUUACCCUCUCAGCCUCAGCCGGAGCCGCAACCCUCCCCUCUCUCUUAGCCCUCUGUCACGCAGCCCCUCUGAGCCCUCUCUCACGCCGUGCUGCCGUCAACAGUGAACAGCCCCUCGCCGUCUCCCCUUUCGUGGCCUCUCGCUAUCGAUCCAAGCAAACGCCAAUCACAGCAAAUUAGGUUGGGUGUAUUUACUUCAUUGUAUUGCCGAAAAUGGUGGUGAUAGAAGUGGAAGAGACCAAUACCAUCAAUCCCCCAAAAACAAAAUCAAAAUCGAGAUCAGCAUCCACUUCGGCGAAUGCCAACAAGGAUGCCUCCGAUGGCUUUGAGACCGCCAGCGAUGCUGAGCUUCCCAGCGACGGCGACGACGAAGACUACAACAAUGAUGGAGAAGGAGCAAGGAAUAUUGGAGAGCAACAACAGCCACAAGGGGAGCUAGAACACGAGACUGUUGCUCCACAAGCCCAAUCCGAAGGCACACUAAAUGACGACGACGACCGGAAACAGCAGAAAGCCUUAGCACAAGCAAAUGAUGCGAAAUUGCAAGGAAAUAAACUGUUUGGAAAUGGGCAGUAUGAGGAGGCAUUAUUACAGUAUGAACUUGCUUUACAAUUCGUGCCAGCCAUGCCCUCCUCUGUGGAAUUACGUUCCAUAUGCCAUGCAAAUCGUGCAAUAUGUUUUCUGAAACUGGGAAAAUAUGAUGAAACAAUCAAGGAAUGCACAAAAGCAUUAGAACUAAAUCCUACAUAUAUGAAAGCGUUGAGUAGGAGAGGAGAGGCCUAUGAAAAGCUUGAACGCUUUGAGGAGGCUAUUGUUGAUUUGAAAAAAAUCUUGGAAUUGGAUCCUUCAAAUGACCAAGCUAGGAAAACCAUACACCGCUUGGAGCCAUUGGCUGAAGAAAAGCGAGAAAAGAUGAAGGAAGAGAUGAUUGGGAAGCUGAAAGAAAUGGGCAACUCUUUAUUGGGCCGCUUUGGAAUGAGUGUUGACAACUUCAAAGCUGUCAAAGAUCCAAACACCGGUUCCUAUUCCGUUUCGUUCCAACGUUGAGUCUUAAUUGAUUUGGUCAACAUCAACCACGUUAGUGUAAUGGAAGCAGUCAUCAGAAUCGGGGGCACUGCUUCAUUUGCAGGUUCCAACCAUUACAAGUGCAGUGCAGAGUUGAUUAAAGUUAUAGAAUAUAGGGAAGUAAUUUUGUUUCCUCCAUAAGAGCAUGAAGUGAUGUGGUCUUACUUUAUUUUUGGUGUCUAUGGGUCGGGUCAGUCACUGUAAGUUUAUACUUGUGAGUCUUGUUUCCUCCAUAAGAGCAUGAAGUGAUGUGGUCGUACUCUAUUUUUGGUGUCUAUGGGUCGGGUCAGUCACUGUGAGUUUAUACUUGUGAGUCUCGUUCAACUUCUUUAUUGCUGAUGGUCUCUGCAUCUCAAGUUAUUUUUACUACUCGUAUUUUCAUGGUUAAUGAUAUAUAUAUACACAUACAAUCUUUUUUACAA